AUGGAAGAAAAUAAAGAGGGCCUUGGCCUCACAGAGGGCAAAAUUUUGUUUAUCUGGAUGAUUUUGUUUGUAGUGUUAAUUUUGUUGCCCUCAAUAUUUAGAGUGUCAUUGGGGAUUUCUCAUUUCUAUGUGAAAAUUGUAAUAAAAAUGUUAGAGUGGGCCAACCUGCACAUUGAGGAGGGAGUGAAAAAGCAGAAGGUGCUGGCACUUGAAAAUUUAAUCUCCACUGGAAUCAUCCAGAGAGAGGAAACCUCCAUGGAACAGGAGAUUGCUGGCCAGCACCAAGGAUGCUUCAACCUUGCUGAUGUUAUGUACUUCUCCAAGAAGGCAUGUGAGGCAGUUGCAGAAGACGAAGUCAUACGACGGUUCUCCUCUGAGGAGCUGGUGUCCUGGAAUCUCCUCAGCAGAACCAAUACCAACUUGCAUCGUGUCAGCUGGCAAAUGACUAUUGUGUGGGUUGUUGGGAUCCUAAUUCGGUAUUGUCUCCUGAUGCCUUUUCGUGCCUGCUUGGCUGUUUUCAGCAUCCUCUUGCUGGUCUUGGCCACUACACUAGUAGGACGGUUUCCAAAUGGCAGAGUUAAAUGCUGGCUGAGCAACCAGGUUCAGAUGAUAUGUGCCACAUUAGGUGUCCGAUGUCUGGGUGGUCUUGUUCAUUUCCACAACAGGGAAAACAGACCGCAGGAGGGAGGCAUCUGUGUAGCCAACCACACAUCUCCAUUGGAUGUUGUAAUCCUGGCCAGUGAUGGAUGCUAUUCCUUGGUUGGCCAGGCACAUGGAGGGCUUCUGGGACUUAUUCAAAAAUCUUGCAUGCAAACCACUCAGCAUGUUUUGUUUGAACGCUCGGAAAUGAAAGACCGUCAGCUGGUGAGGAAAAAAAUUAGAGAACACACUGCAGAUAAAGCCAAAUUACCCAUUUUAAUUUUCCCGGAAGGUACCUGCACAAACAACACAUCAGUAAUGAUGUUUAAAAAGGGAAGCUUUGAGGUAGGAGGGACCAUCUAUCCAGUCGCAAUCAAGUAUGACCCCCAAUUUGGAGAUGUGUUCUGGAACAGCACAAAGUAUUCCAUGAUGACCUAUAUUUUUAAUGUGAUGACCAGCUGGGCUAUUGUCUGUAAUGUGUGGUACCUGCCACCAAUGGUCAAAGAGGAAGAAGAAGACUCUGUUCACUUUGCCAACAGAGUCAAGGCUGUCAUUGCUGCUCGGGCAGGAAUGUCUGUACUUCCUUGGGAUGGGGGACUGAAAAGGAAAAAGGUCAAAGAGUCUUUCAAGGAAGAGCAACAGAAAAAAUAUUGCCAGAUAGUGAUAGAAAAUGGAUCUGUGGGAAACAGAAAUGUUUGCUAA